AUGAUAAAAAAUAAAAGGAGCCAAGUGAUAGAAUUACUACAGAUAAUUUGUGCUGUCAUAUGGUGUCUCCUAUCUGCUGGUAUUAUCUUUGGGUUUGCUGCAUUUAAGCAAGUACUAAUCAAUGAAGGGGUAUAUUCAGAGAGUUGUCAAACUAAUGAAACUCGUUACUCUGAAGUUCAAACCAUUAUUCCUUGCACUGCCCAAGAUUUGAAGUUAAACACCAUGUUUACUGUUUCAGCAGCGAUUACAAAUGUACUAGCUUUACCGGUUGGCUGGGUCCUUGAUAUUUAUGGUCCUAAAGUGUCUGGUAUCAUAGGCUCCAGUAUAAUAUAUUUUGGAGCGUUCAAUUUCAUAAUGGCUGAAUCUUUAAUCGGUGAGUAUUAUGAUCCAUAUCUUAUUGGGUUUUUAAUGCUAGCCGUAGGUGGCCCAUUCGUAUUUAUUUCUUCUUUCCAUUUGUCCAACAUUUUUCCUGCCAGAGGGGGUAUGAUAAUGGCCUUGAUCACAGGAUCUUUCGAUUCGUCGUCUGCAUUGUUUUUAAUCUAUAAGGUCAUCUAUGAAAAAUCGGAUAACAAGCUUUCUUUGCAAAGAUUUUUCUCAUAUUAUUUAAUUGUUCCUACAUUCAUUAUUGUAGCGCAGAUUUUCAUUAUGCCUAAACAUUCUUAUCAAUCUCUCCCAAAAGAAAGCUACACCUCUGCCUCAAACCUAAAUUCAUGUGACACUGAAUCUACACCACUAAUAUCAAAUUAUACUGAUGCUGCCACCUCUUAUUCAGAGCAGCAAUCUACAAGGACUCCCAGAAGAAGAUCUUCAAGUGUCACCAUCAUGGCCGAAGCAAGACAGCACCUUCUUAAUUAUGAUAUCUUCGAAGAAAUGCAUGAACGCAAUGUAAAAGAACAAAUAUUAAGUCCUUGGUUUUAUCUAAUGUUAUUUUUUGCCGCUAUUUGUAUGCUAAGGAUAAACUAUUUUAUUGCAACUAUUAGAUCACAAGUAGAAUAUUUACUUGGUGACGAGACCACAUCUAUUGAAUUAAAUAACUUAUUUGACUUUCUAUUGCCAAUCGGUGGCGUGGUAGCUGUGCCAAUAAUAGGCCAUAUUCUUGAUAACAUUGAGUUAUCUAAUAUUAUCAAGAUUUUAUCUGGCUUAUCGAUUAUAAUUGGAGGAUUAGGAAUUGUACCAAAUAGUUACGCAUGCGCCCUAAUUGAAAUCGUACUAUUUGUGAUGUACCGUCCAUUUUAUUAUACUGUAGUAUCUGAUUACACAUCAAAAAUAUUUGGGUUCACGACUUUUGGUACUGUUUAUGGACUGUUAACCUUAACAUGCGGUGUAUUCAAUAUGUUACAGAGACGUUUAGAUAUAAUCACACACACGACCUUCAAAAUGAACCCACUUCCUGUCAAUAUUAUUUUAUUGGCGACAACAAUUAUAACUUCAUCUGCUCUUAUAAUAUUUAUGACUUCUCGCAACAAGAAGAUAGCAUGA